AUAGCCUUCAGGUCCCGCGCGGCCAUGCCAGUAUCACCACCAACAUCCUUGGCUCCUAUAGGCUAUAGAUCAAGAAACUCUUGUUAAUCCAUCGUUUACCGAACCAAAAAUUCCAAACUUAUUCAAGCCCUAACUAUUGUCGCCCUCGUAAUAUCAGGGCAAAAAGUAGAGAAAAUGGGGAAAAGAGGUAGAGCAGCUAUUGUGGUUCUUGGUGAUCUUGGUCGUAGUCCUCGAAUGCAGUAUCAUGCACUCUCACUUGCCCGUCAGGCUUCUCUAGAAGUGGACAUUGUUGCAUAUGGAGGUUCAGAUCCGCAUUCUGCUAUUCUUGAGGAUCGAUCUAUUCAUGUUCAUACUAUGACACAGCUUCCAGUCCCCCAGGGUUUGCCUAAGAUACUUCGUCCAGUGAUUCUCUUGUGCAAGGCAUUGACUCAGUUUAUCACGCUUCUUUGGUUUCUCUGCUACAAAAUUCCGGCACCUGAUGUUUUCAUAGUGCAGAACCCACCUUCAGUUCCAACUUUAGUAGCUGUUAAAUGGGCUAGUUGGCUGAGGCAUUCAGCAAUUAUUGUCGAUUGGCAUAAUUUUGGAUAUACUCUGCUGGCGUUGUCUAUGGGAAGAAGUAGUCCUUUUGUGAAAAUAUAUCGCUGGAUUGAAAAACACUAUGGUAAGAUGGCUGACGGUUCUUUAUGUGUUACUAAAGCAAUGCAACAUGAACUGGCUCAGAACUGGGAGAUCAAAGCAACGGUGUUGUAUGAUCAGCCCCCGGAGUUUUUUCAUCCUGCCUCACUUGAAGAAAAGCAUAAGUUAUUUUGCAGGUUAAAUAAAGAUAUAACUCAUCCUCAUGGUUUUCGUGAUUUUGUUAGUGCUGGACAUGUGGAAAUGGAUAGCAAUGCUGUAAAUGAAAAUCUCUUUACCCAUCAGAUUGGUAGCGACAUUGUCUUGAAGCCAGACAGGCCAGUCCUUGUUGUUAGCAGUACAAGCUGGACCGUAGAUGAAGAUUUUGGCAUGCUUCUGGAAGCCGCUUUAAUGUAUGAUAGGCGUGUUGCUGCAAUCAUGAAUGAGGAUGAUUCAAAUGAGGAACAUAUGGUUUUUGAGGGCUCUCGCAUUGGAAAAAGUAGCAUGUAUCCGAAGUUGUUGUUCAUUAUUACUGGUAAGGGACCUGAAAGAGAAAAAUAUGAGGAGCAAAUAAAAAGGUUGCGGUUAAAACGUGUUGCUUUUCGUACAAUGUGGCUAGCUGCUGAGGAUUAUCCAUUACUUCUUGGAUCAGCAGAUUUAGGUGUUUGCCUGCAUACUUCUUCAUCUGGGUUGGACCUUCCAAUGAAGGUUGUGGAUAUGUUUGGAUGUGGACUUCCUGUAUGUGCUGUUUCCUUUUCAUGCAUCGAAGAGCUUGUAAAGGUUGGGGAAAAUGGUCUUCUGUUUUCAUCAUCUUCUGAGCUUGCUGAUGAACUCUUGAUGCUUUUUAAGGGCUUCCCUGAUGGAUGUGAUGCUAUGAAGUCAUUGAGGAACGGUGUUUCGGAACGAGGGUCUUCUGCUAGGUGGGCCAACGAGUGGGAAGAGCAUGCGAAGCCACUUUUAUCUGAAGUUAUUUUGAUGAGCCACAAGUGAACUUUAUUUUCAUUAUUACUUUUAAAUUGAAAUUUGAAAUAAAUAUCAAAUGGCUAAUAGAUCAUGGCACCUUUUUAAUAAUAGUUUUGGGACCAGGCAUUUCAUAGGCUCGGACGCUCGGUGUACUUUGCCAUUC